AUGGAAUCACAGUAUGGACAACCAGAGUCGCCGAUGGAGCAGGAUGACAUUCCCUACCCGUGUAUGGGUUGCGGAGAGAUCCUGGAGGAAGGAAAAGCCUUUGAACUUUCUGGACAACGAUGGCAUAUCGACUGUUUCCGAUGCAGCACUUGCAACACCCUUCUCGACUCGGAUGCCCACCUCCUUCUACUCGGCGAUGGCUCGUUGAUUUGUAGCAGCUGCACCUACAGCUGCUACUCGUGUGGCAACAAGAUUGAAGACUUGGCCAUCCUCACCGGUGAUCAAGCGUUUUGUGCCCAGUGUUUCCGGUGCCGUAACUGCAAGCGAAAGAUCGAAAACCUACGCUAUGCUCGAACAUCUCAAGGAAUAUUUUGUAUGGACUGUCAUGAGUCUCUAAUGCAACGCAGGCGGAAGAAAAAAGCCACAGCGGCCAGUAAAAGGCCAGGGGGACCGGGGGUCAAGCUGGAUAAGUCGUUGCCUUCGCUGCCACCCAGUUUUGAAGAAACCCGGUCCCUAGAGGAAACCCCAAGCGAGGGCUAUGUAGAGGCUGCAGCAGAGGCCAUGGCUGGCAAGGACGCUGAUGGAGGUCAAUCGGAAGCCUCUCUUUCUCGCCCAACUACCGCCCAAGACAACCUUAUUCUUCCCUCUAGUACCUACCGAAGCAGCCGUCUCUUGAGUUCACAGCGUGAUAAUGAUGCAGACGCCGGUGGAGAACUGUUAAUCCCCCUCGCCUUCGACCCCUCCGAGAGCCAACGGUCUUCACGGAGACAAUCACAAGCAAUACAGGAGCUGCCUCGUGAUUAUUUUGGCCAAUUUCGAUCUGGAGAUUCAUCAAUCAAGGUGUCCCGUGACGACAAUGAACCUCCCUCCCACACCACAGAUUCAUCUGCUCAUAUUGCGUAUCAAGAGAAGGGCUGGGAGCGCACGGAUACGGAUUCCGCUCGACGUGACUUGGAAGGGGUCAAUGGCUCAAAGGCACCUCCCAAUGCUGAUCACAACAGAAUUGGAAAGAUUGAAUCUGCUCGCAGCUCGAGAUCGGAUCUGCCAUUGGCAUUGAGGGAAACCAGUGCUUUUUCGGGUGCAACAAGCCCCACCAGUACUCGUUCAAAGGACGAUGCCGCCCGACAUACCCCUCUGGACAGUAUUGCCCCACGUCCAUCUGGCGAGCUGCGCAGGCUCCACGAACAUGGCUCAGGGGACUCUUCCCGGUCUCAACUCCCUAGUCAUUCGGCUCACAUUCCCAAGCGAGGUGACUCUCUUGAAAGCAAGGCUUAUCAGAUUCCGCGGAAAGAGAUGGGGGCAUCUCCUAGUUCCUCAACAUAUGGUUCGCCCAAACUGCCUGAGAUGGGCUUUGAGCAACCGAAGCAGAAUAUCACAUCAGGAGAUACAUCUCUGUCUGACACUCGGCGGCCCUUGGACAGCGCCGGCUCGCCGUCCCUACCCCAGUACACCAGCAACAGUGAUUUCUCUCAGGACGAGGAUCUGGCACGAUUUAUUGGAGGUGACAUGAGCGACUCCCUCCUGCGAUUCCGCACUACCUCAAAUGCAUCCAACCGUCAUGGCCGGAGUAUGAGCGAGAAGAGUGUGCGGACCAGCAAAGACAUUAAUAGUCGAGCGGCCAAUGGAAUAGGUAGCACCGAUAUUGGAAGCCCUUCCGGUAGCCAGUCUGAAGAACUGGCCUGGCUUCGGAGCGAAUUGAGCAAGGAGCGCCAGCGUAUCUCCGAGAUGGAGAACGCUCUUCGUGCCACUGCGGACGUGAAACAGGUCAACACUGAGCUCUCAGAGAAGCGGUCAACCAUGGUUGUACUGGAUGCGCAACGAGAGAUUGUUUUGCGUGAACUUACCGUGCUCACGGAUCAUAUCGAGUCGGAGAAACGGGGUGGCUCUGAUGCACCUUUGGAUCUUGGGAAGCUUUCGAAUCAUGUUCUGCGGGAGCUUGCAGAGUCAAUCCACAAGCUGAAGGCUUCCUAUACUCCUCAAAUUGAGGAGCUUAUCCAAAAGCGCAAUGACCUAAAUGAGGAACUCACUGAAAUUCACCGUAAGAAGGAAAAGGCCUUCCAGGAAUUUGAGCAGUUGUCUUCCAAGAAUGCUCAAUUGGCUGAGCUCAACAACCAAUUGGUACACCAGAUCCAGGAGCUAUACAAGACCAACAAUGAUCACCGUGGUCCAAAUGGUCUGGGCAUAUCGCACAACAAGGACCGGUCUAUCACUUCGAUUGAGGCGAUGAAGCCUGGAAGCAGCCACGAGAUUGCCACAUCGAUCUCGACUGCUCAUAUGCACGAGGACGGUGAGCCCGCUACUGCCACUGUGGUGCCCGGUCCGCAGGUUGUCAGUAUUCGCAAGGGCAAGUUCAACUGGAAGAAGGGUGGUCAGAACGUCGCCAAGGGUGUCAAAGGUCUCAAGGGAGCAUUUAUGGGUAGUGAUGAACCUGGUGGUCUGCCCCGUUCACAAACCCAAGACCCCAGUCGUCAAGGCUUUGGCUUCUUUGGAAACCAGAGGAGCAGACCGGCAGGUAAAAUGUCGCAGGCCGAUAGUGUGUCAGCACUCUCUGAUCCCGUGGGUAAUCUCUUUGGAGUAGACCUAGAGGCUCGCAUGGAACACGAAAAGAGCAUCAUUCCUGCCAUUGUCACUCGAUGCAUUCAGGAAGUUGAAUUGCGAGGUAUGGAUAUGGAAGGCAUCUACCGCAAGUCGGGUGCUGCGUCCGCCAUCCAAGGCAUUCGUGAAGGCUUUGAGCGCACACCAUUCGAUUACGAUAUCUCUGAUCCAGAUCUUGACAUCCACGCCGUCACUUCUUGCCUCAAGCAGUAUUUCCGAAAGCUGCCUAACCCUCUCAUCACAUACGAAGUCUACGAGCUGAUUAUUGAAUCUGGAGAAAUCACCGAUCCAUCUACCCGGAUUGAUGUCCUGGUUAAGGGGUUGCGAGAACUUCCCCGUGCACACCAAGAUGUGCUCGAAUUCCUCAUGUUCCACCUGCAGCGCGUCGUUGAGCGCCAGGAGGAGAACUUGAUGACAUGCCAAAACAUUGCCGUCGUUUUUGCCCCGACCAUUAUGAGGCCCGAAAGUCUGGCCCGGGAAAUGACGGACGUGCAGAAGAAGAAUGAUGUUCUCAAGUUCAUGGUUGAGAACGUUAAUGAGAUAUUCAUGGAAAUGUCUGGCUAG